GGAUCUGCACUGGCAAAUCAUUCGAGGGCAAAGUUUUCCACUCUUUCACAACAAAGCAGAGAGACCUCAGUCCUGCAGGAGAACAGAAGCAGAAAAGUGAAAUCUGUGUGAACUGAGCCUCGGAAGAGAUGGCUGAGAAGAAAGCCAUCCUGUUCAACUUGUGGGGAGUUACAGUUUCUACCAGACAUCAUGCUGUUUUCAACAAGUUGGAGGAGUUGCAUAACCUGCCAGGUGGUUUUCUGUCUAGUGUGGCGUCCCUUAAAGGCGGUGCCAUGAGCCGGGCGGAGAGAGGGGAGCUAACACUUUCUCAAAUGAUUUCUGUGUUGGAGGACGAGUAUAUGAAGGAGGCGCAGGUCAGGGGCGUGACUCUGCCGUCUGAUUGGUCGGUCAAAGGCCUGCUGGAGGAGCUCAGUGAGGUGAUGAUGGACGUCCAAGCGGCCGUGCUGAAGACAGCUGUCAGCCUGCGUCGGAGCGGGUUACUGACAGCUGUGCUGGCCAAUCACUGGGUGGACGACACCUCAGCUGGAGACCGUCCAGCCCGCCUUCUGUCUCUGCUCGGUGGCCAUUUUGACCUGGUCCUACAGUCCUGUCGUACAGGUCACAGGGUCCCCGAGCCUGAGAUGUUCAGUGCUGCUCUGCAGCAGCUGGGAGUGACAUCACAGCAGGCUCUGUGGUUGGAUGCAGAGGAGGAAGGUGUGAGGGCAGCCAAGGCAGCGGGGAUGGACGCCAUCUUGGUGGAGAACCUGGAAGAUGCUCUGGACAAACUGGCCAAGUCAACCAAAGUUCAGGCAGUGGGAGCAGAGAGUCCUCCGUCCUCCUGCAACCCUGAAGAAGUCUCUCAUGGAUACAUCACCAUCAGGCCUGGUGUGAGGACUCAUUAUGUUGAAAUGGGCUCGGGCCCGCCUGUUCUGCUGUGUCACGGCUUCCCUGAGAGCUGGUACUCCUGGAGGUACCAGAUCCAAGCCGUGGCAGCAGCGGGGUUCAGGGUGUUGGCUCUGGACAUGAAGGGAUACGGAGAGUCCACAGCGCCACCUGACAUCGAGGAAUAUUCUCAGGAGCAGCUGUGCAAGGAUUUAAUCACAUUUAUGGACAAAAUGAGCAUGCCACAGGUCACCCUGGUGGGUCACGACUGGGGCGGUGCCCUGGUGUGGACCAUGGCUCAGUUUUACCCUGAGAGAGUCAGGGCUGCAGCGUCUCUGAACACUCCUCUGUUUCGUGCCGAUGCUGCCAUUAAUUCCAUGGAGAAAAUUAAGUCGAUUCCCAUCUUUGACUACCAGGUCUACUUCCAGAAGCCUGGUCUUGCAGAGGCCGAGCUGGAGAAAGACUUGGAGAGGACGUUCAAGAUUUUGUUUUUGAACAGCGCUGAAGCUGGGAAGUCUCAUAUCAUCAGCACUGAAGGAGUCUGUGCUCGAGGCGGUCUGUUUGUGGGUCUGCCCGAGCAGAUCCCCCAGAGCUCCAUGCUGACGGAGGCCGACCUGCAGUACUACGUCAGCCGGUACAAAGAGCACGGCUUCAGGAGGCCGCUGAAUUGGUAUCGUAACGUCGAGGGGAACCAGAAGUGGCUACUUUCUCGGCCUGCUACAAAGCUGCUGAUGCCUACCCUGAUGGUGACAACGGGUAAAGACCAGGUUCUGCUGCCCGCCUUCUCCAAAGGGAUGGAGGACACGUUCCCUAACCUGAGCAGAGGACACAUCGAGGAGUGCGGACACUGGACUCAGGUGGAAAGGCCGGCGGAGACAAACAGGAUCCUGAUUAAGUGGCUGAAAGAAGCGCACGAGAAGGCUGCAGGUGCAAACGUGAAUCCCAAGCUGUGAGCGAGGAAGAACCCUAAAAAAAGAUGGAAUAAUAGUACAAAUAAUAUGAUUUUAAGAUUAAUCCAAAGCAGUUUUGAUUAAUUUAGAGUGAACAUAAUGUUUCAAUUAAUGCCUAAUGUCAAGCUUUUCUUUGUUGCAUAUCAUCAUGAACUCAUUAUUUACACUGUAUUGGCCUGUUGAUGGAAUAAAACACGACAUCUAAAGGA